AUUGUAGGCUGUUUUGCACUAUCAGAACCUGGUAAUGGCUCUGAUGCUGGUGCAGCAUCUACAGUAGCCAAGAUUCAAGGAGAUAAAUGGGUCCUCAAUGGAACAAAAUGUUGGAUUACCAAUGGGUAUGAAAGUAGAGCUUCUGUAGUGUUUGCAACCACAGACAAGAGUUUAAAGCAUAAAGGAAUUUCAGCAUUUAUUGUUCCAAAACCAACAAAAGGAUUGGAGUUAGGAAAAAAAGAAGAUAAAUUAGGCAUAAGAGGUAGCUCUACUUGUUCACUUAUAUUUGAAGACUGCAGAAUACCCAAAGAAAAUAUUCUGGGAGAGCCCGGCUUUGGAUUUAAAAUAGCCAUGAUGACUUUAGACGCAGGCAGAAUUGGUAUAGCAUCUCAAGCCUUGGGCAUUGCACAGGUAAUGCUAGAUGUAGCAAUAGAAUAUGCAUCCAAAAGAAUGGCAUUUGGAAAGCCCAUUAUGAAGUUACAAGCCAUACAAACCAAGUUGGCUAACAUGGCACUCCAGUUGGAGUCGGCGCGCCUCCUGACGUGGCGUGCUGCAUAUUUGAAAGACCAUAAACAACCCUAUACCAAAGAGGCUGCUAUGGCGAAACGCGCGUCCGAGGCAGCUACGUUCCUUUCUCACCAGUGUAUACAGAUCCUUGGAGGCAUGGGUUACAUUUCAGAUAUGCCAGCAGAAAGGCACUACCGUGAUGCUCGUAUUACAGAGAUAUACGAAGGCACUUCCGAAAUACAAAGGCUGGUCAUUGCAGGCCAGCUAAUCAAAAAUACGGUCUAAACUGAGAUAGUUAUGUAUUUGAAAUCUAAGAUCGAAAAUUGAUAAUAUUUUUUUUUUUCUUAAGUCUGAGUUGUAGUAACCUUAAGAUUUCGUAAAGUAUUCGAUCUAGAUUAUAAGUAUUCUGAAAUAAUAUGAAUAGCUAAAUUUUAUAAACUAAAGAAAUCACUGAUGUCAAGUCAAUUUGUACAUUUAAGAAGUUUGCAUACUUUAUAUUUCGAAUGAAAAAGAUCUGUAAACCUUACAACUUGUAAACAAAGGAUACCUUUGUUUAAAUUAUUUAACCAAGUCACUGAAUUGAUACAAUGUCAUUUUUCUGAAUAUUUUUUUGAAAAUAUUGUGUUCAAUGCUCAGGUUCAAUGUAUGCAUUCUUAUUUGGCAACUGUAACAUUCAAUACCUCAUUUAGACUAUUGACGAAAAACGUAUUGAAAAAAGUAAAAAAAAAACGUGUUUGGGUACUAUAUUUAAGACAUAUCUUAGUUUACACCGUCGAAACUUUUUUGUAUGAAUCCAUAUGCUCAAGUGUUCUUAUAUUAAAACUGACCAAUUACCAAGUUUACACAUGGCAUGUUAUGCAGCUAACUUUAUGCUUUACUCUUCAAUCCUUAUUCAAUCCAUGAUGUACAUAAGCAAGAACAAAAAUAUUCUUAUACCGUUCAGUGCCAAAUAAAUUAGUCUAUAAGCUGAUUUUUUGAACAUUUUGCUAUAAAUAUUUAUACACACAUUUUAGAUGAAUUUUAUAUAUUGUAUAAUUAUUUUAGGAAAAUAUAUAAUGUCUUAAAUAGUAUAAAGCUUAGACUAGCAAGUUUUCCAGCAAUUUACUAUGAAAGAACUUUGAGAUGCGUUUAUACUAGCGGCAAUAAUUCUAUGGAGACUAUUUGCCGUAAGCCCUGUUACUUUCAAAAUUUGUAGAAAUCGCCGUCACUAUUUACGACGCGAAAACAGCUUGCGGAAAAUAACUUCUGCAGGUUUUGCUAGUAUAAAUCCCACUUUGGAAAUAAUAAAAUUGAAAUAUUUAU